UUGUCAAAUUUCGUGACUAUUUGCCUUUUGAGGUUAAAUGCUUAUUUAUUUUAUAAUUUAAAAUAAAUAAAAGUUAAAACGUACCAUGGCCGAAAGUGCUGGAAAUUGGUGUUUAAUUGAAAGCGAUCCAGGAGUUUUUACUGAAUUAAUUAGAGAAUUUGGUUGUAAAGGUGUACAAGUUGAGGAACUGUGGAGUUUAGAUGGGGAACAAUUUGAAAAUUUAAAGCCAAUCCAUGGUUUGAUUUUUCUUUUUAAAUGGACAAAGGAAGACGACCCAUCAGGAUCUUUAGUACAAGAUAGCAGACUGGAAAAAAUAUUUUUUGCAAGACAAGUAAUAGAAAAUGCGUGUGCUACUCAAGCUAUAUUGAGUAUUCUUUUAAAUUGCCGACAUACAGAUUUAAAGCUUGGCCAUACACUGACGGAACUCAAAGAUUUUUGUCAAGGAUUUGAUGCGAAUAUGAAGGGUCUGACUAUAAGUAAUUCGCCUGUUAUUCGAACAGUUCAUAAUUCUUUUGCAAGGCAACAACUGUUUGAAUUUGACCCGUCUAUGAGCAACAAAAACGAAGAUGUCUUUCAUUUCGUGGGUUACGUGCCAAUAGAUGGGAGGUUGUACGAACUGGACGGCUUAAAACAGGGCCCGAUCGAUUUGGGGGCUGUACCAGCCGACAUUGAUUGGACAGAUGUCGCACGACCUAUCAUAGAAAAACGUAUUCAAAGGUACAGCGAAGGUGAAAUUCAUUUUAAUCUCAUGGCAAUAGUAAGCGACAGGAAAAUGUUGUACGAAAGACAAAUAGAGGAGAUUCAAAAACAAAUCGAAGGUGCAGGAAUGGAAACUGAUUCGCAACAAGCAGAACUGACAAGAUUGCGUUUACUAAUUAACGAAGAGGAUAAUAAAAGACGUCAAUAUCAAACUGAAAAUAUAAGGCGAAAACACAAUUACUUACCUCUUAUCGUAGAGAUACUUAAAAUAUUAGCAAAGGAGGGAAAGCUCAUGCCUCUAUAUGAGCAGGCCAAGGAAAAAACAUUAAAGAAACAAAAAUCUAAAGUUACUGGUUAGGCUGUUUUUUUUUUCAAUAAAAGGUUUUUUACAAU